GUUCCCCACCCAAGCAGGCCACACUGGGUGGGGCAGGCCUGUGUUGGGUCUAGCAGUGAGGCUGUCUCCACUGCAGGCAAAGCCAGCCAGAGUCGGCUCGGAGCAGCCCUUUUGAAGGGUGAGAGCUGCCCCUAAUCGGAGCCUGGUCACCAUGCCCGCCCCUCUGCUCCCGCUGCUGGUGCGCACGCUGCUGUCCCGCCUGCUGCUGCCUGCUGCCCGCUUGGCCCGCCAGCACCUCCUGCCCUUGCUGCGCCGCCUGGCCCAACGCCUGGGCUCACAGGACACUCGGGAUGCUGUGCUGGGCUGCCUGCUGCUUGUCCUCAGCCAGCAACAUCCACCAGACGCCAGGGAAGCCUCCAGAGUGGACCCUGAGGAGCAGAAGGAGAGGCGAGGCCCCCGAAAGUGAUGCCAUGCUCCUGGCAGCCGUGGUGGCAAAGCACUUCCCUCUGGAGUGGGCUGGUCCUGGCACCACUCGGCCACAGCCUGGCAUGGCACUGGGCAUGAAUGGGGUCCUCCUGAAAGGACUCCCUGAAUCUGGCCUCCAGCAGACAGGGACCUGGCCUCCAGCGGACCUGGCCUCCAGCAGACAGGGACAGCAAAGCCCAGUGAUGCACAAUGCCUCACGGUGGGGGGCUAAGUGGUAUUUUAGCUCAAAGGGGAUAUGUGAAUCCAAACUGCCUUCCAGACCUGGGACUGACCUUUAAAGAAUAAGACCCCUGGAGGCUGACCUACUCCCAAAGGCCAGAACAUAGCAAGGAUGGAAGACAGCUCAAUAAAUACCUGCUAAUUCCUGGGGUGCCUUUGAAAGUCUUGUCACCCAUACUUCUGCCCAGCAAGACAGUUUGAGCUAGCAGGGAGGGGGGCACCCAGUCUCAAGGUACUCUUUUUGAUUUUGUGGAGUUUUGUUUGUUUUGAGACAGGGUCUCACAGUGUAGCACAGGCUGGCCUUGAAUUUGGAAUUGGCAAUCCUCUUGCCUCAGUCUCCUGGAUGCUGGGGUUGAUGUGCCACCACUGCCCACCAUAGGCACCUCCCUUUGGCUACUCCUUCCAUUUCCAGCUCAGCCCUUAAGACCUGGAAGCUGUGGGUAGUGCCUGACUCGGUUGGGAAAUGGUGUUGCUCAGCGACCACUAACGGUUCUGGGGCUCCGGUCUGUCGAGAGAAGCAGAUGGCUUGGAGGCAGGGGGGCUGUUUGUCUUUGAGCAAAUUUGAGGACAUCUCAGCUGUAGGGUGGGGAAGACAAUUCUGUUUGCUAAAGGACCCUGGGGACAAGUGUGAGGGUGCUUCCCAGGAGGGCUGAGGGGAUCUGAAAACUGGUGCCAGCCUCUAUUGCCCUCCCCAUGGGGGCCCUGUCCCACAGACUGUGACACAUUUGCAUCCAGGCCUCAGGAUCAUUUGUCUGUGGUUCUCAGCAGCCAUCCUAGACUCCAGGAUGGGCUGGGGAUCCAGGCUAGGAGGAGACAACGUGGGACACAGGCCCCUGUAGGGGAACCCCAUCCCCCGCACCCGGCCUGACCCGAGCCGACCCGCUUCUUCCCGAGUCCUUCAAGGCCAGGGCGCAUGCCCAGCCCCCUCCAGGUUCUGCGUCCGGGUACCCC